CUUGCCUGUUUUAUCAUCACCACCUUCCCCGACGACUUUGGCAGACGACGACGACAGUGACGAGCGCGUCUACGCGUGGUAGACCAGUAUGAGUCUCCUCAAAUUUCUUACACUUCCCCUUAGACGGCAUUCUAGCUGGAGGCAUCCCACUUUGACUACCUCUUUGCUGCGACGCCGUUACCGUGGCACUAUUCUCGCUAUUUCGUCCACGUUCACUUUCGUCGUCGCUGGAUCAACGAUAGCAUUGGCUAGCGGGAAGAAGAUACAAUGUGAUCAUGAAGUAGACGAAGACGCUGAAGGCGCCGCUGCCUUUCCAUCUCGUUUCCACAAGCCCAAAUGGACUGCCUCACAAUAUCUUUCAGCAGAUGAAAUCUUAGCUGGAGGUCCUUCUUGGUGGCCUGGUGGUUCCGGGAUCGAUCGUUGUGAUGCUCUAACGGUUCCCUCAAACCACGAUUCCGAGGACUACAUUGCCGUUUUCUUUGGCUCAAGCGAAGAAGAAGAUCACAAAACGUACAUCGGUCUUUUUGACGGCCACAACGGAACGGCAACAAGUGAAUUCUUGUCGGAGCACUUGAUCUCUUUCCUCCAACGAUCCCUGGUUAAGCUUCCCCAACAAUUCGACUAUUCACUCGAAGUCCAGGGACACUCCUCCUUUGAAGAUGACAUCGUUCACGACACUAUCAAGUAUGUCUUCCGAGAAAUAGACGAGGCAAUAAUAGACCCAACCGAAGUCUUUGCUUCGACCUCUAAGGCGAACGCUGUCCGCACUUUACGACACGCUUAUUCUGGAUCCUGUGCAUUGGUCUCAGUUUACGACCCAGACACUCAUUUGCUUCGCGUUGCCCUCACAGGAGACUCGAGGGCAGUUUUAGGGCGGAAGAUCAAAGCUAAAGAUGGUGGGAGGGACACGUACGCAGUACACGUUCUUUCGGUCGAUCAGAAUGCUCACAAUCCCGCUGAAGUAGCACGUCUGAACGCUGAGCAUCCUGGGGAAAAGGUUGUUGAGAAUGGAAGAGUCAUGGGUUGGGGUCCGUCGCGAUCAUUUGGGAAUGCAGCGUACAAGUGGCCAUUGGAGACUCAGAAGAAGCUAAACGAGCGAUAUCUGGGAGACCGCCCUAUGGAUCAGAAGAAGACACCUCCUUAUCUCACUGCGGAGCCUGUGAUUACCAACUUUGUUGUCGAGCCUGGAGAUUUUCUUGUCAUGGGGUCAGACGGUUUAUGGGACUGCUUGACGAACGAGGAAGUGGUCGGCCUAGUGGGCGUCUGGUUAAGGAAGAACGGUGACGCUGUCAAAACCACGUCUCCACGGAAAGACUUCGAAAAGGAGAGGGGUGAAGAUUUACAGACAUAUCGCCCCAACCAGUUACCAGUCACGUUGCAAAAGGACGACACCGUGUUCUACAAAUGGUGGCGAACGGAGAAGCGUUUCGUGAAUCGUGAUCGUAAUGUUGCGGCGCACUUGGUCAGAAACGCCUUUGGGGGAGCAGAUGGGGAUCUUACGGACGCGCUUUUGAGCUUGACCGCUCCUCGUUCUCGACGAUACCGGGACGAUAUCAGUGCGUUAGUUACCUUCUUCAGUUAGAAAGAAGGCAUUCCUCUACAUACACAUAUUCACACGGAAUGCUGCACUUCUCUUCUGCAAUGUUUUUUGUUAUCUUGACUAGUAGAGAGCAUAUUCAGCACAAUUUACUGUGGUUACAGCCACAUGCAUCGAUUCGAG